AUGGCUUCCACUCCUCUCUCUGUGACUCUUUCACACAAUGCUUGUCGUGUAACCAUCUCAUCUUCUUUGAGUCAGGAUUCUCUUGGAAUGGCCGCUCAUGAACAACCACCACCACCGGUCAAAGUCUCCUUAUUGGCUCUCUCUGAUUCCAUGUGGAGAUUGGAAGUGAAUGAUCCCGAUGACUCUCAUCUCACUUUGGACUCCUUUGCCAUUGAGAAGGAACAAGAAUUGAUCUCUACGUCUGCUUUGCCUCUUGAAUUGAUUCCAUCCUCGUGUGGUGUUGAUGAGGAGGAGGAGGAGGAGCAGAAAGGGAAUGUUGAUUCACAAUAUACUCCUUUCCCAACAACGACGAUAUCGUAUUGGGAUGUAAAAGUGAGAGCGAGUAGUACGAGUGGUGGUGGUGGUGGUAAAACUUUUAUUCGAAUUUAUCAUCAUCAUGGUGAAUCCACCAUGAGGGAGGGUUCUGGAGGAACAACGGUGUUGUUUUCUCUUGAUUUGAUUGAAAAUAAGAGCAGUCAAAGUUGUUGUGGCAGUCAUGAAUUCUCCAUCCUACUGAAAUCUCUCACAUUUUCACACCAAUUAGUGACUCAUUCCAUUCCCAUUCAAAACAAGGACUCUAGUUCCAAAUAUUCUGUUGACUAUAUCUUUGAAAAUCAGAGUCUGUAUGAAACAUUGAUGUCCUUCUCACCAUUAAACAAAGAAAAGGCGUAUGGAUUUGGAGAGAAGAGUGGACUCUUGUCAAAAGAAGGAAGAAAAUGGCUCAUGUGGAAUUAUGAUCAUUUUGGAUAUUCAUUUCAUUCGGAUCCAUUGUAUCAAUCGACUCCAUUUCUCAUGUUCUGUGGGUCAACAACGGGCAAUUCUUCUUCUUCUACUACUCGUUCAUCAUUGAAUUCUGCUAUUUUUGUAGAUACUGUCAGUAGACAAGAAUGGGAUUUGACUAAUUUCAAACCUGAAGUGAAACAGAAAAUUGUGAAAAAUUCCAUUGAAAGAUAUGGAACCAUGCCCAUUUAUUUAUUUGUGGGAGAAACAUCUCUCUCACUCGUUCAACAAUUUUCACACAAAAAUUUCACAGGAAGAACUUGGCUUCCUCCCAUGUAUGCUCUUGGUUUCCAACAGUGCCGUUGGAGUUAUUAUCCAGAAUCGAAGGUGAGAGAAAUUUCAGAUGGAUUUAUUCAACACGAUAUUCCAUGUGAUGUCUUCUACUUGGAUAUUGAUUAUAUGAAUAAUUUUGAAUGUUUCACAAUUUCAAAAGAACAUUUUCCAAAACCUGUCUCUCUUGCUAAUCAUUUGUUAUUAGAUAAUAGACAGAGAUUUGUAGCCAUUAUUGAUCCUGGUAUUUCAAAGCGUGAAGUCGAACCAGAAAAGUACAAAGUUUAUGCAGAAGGAACACUUGAAAAUGUUUGGUGUCAAUUGAAGAGAGAAACUUACGUGGAACAAGUGUGGCCAUUUAGAUGUACAUUCCCGGAUUAUUUCAAUGAGAGAGUGAGAAAGUGGUGGGGAAAAUAUUAUCGAGAUUUGAUGGAUCGAGGAAUUCAUGCAUUUUGGAACGACAUGAAUGAACCAGCUGUUUUUAAUGAUGGAACAUUCAAAACAUUCACAUUAGCAGUGGAUCAUAAUCUUUCUCUUCGUAACGGCACUAGCCUUAAUAUUUUGCAUCGUUUCGUUCAUAAUGCCUACGGUCAACUCAUGGCACGCGCUUCACACGAAGGUCUCGUUCAAUUGAAACCCAAUGAAAGACCCUUCCUCCUCACACGCAGUGGUUACUCUGGAGUUCAGAAAUAUGCAUGGUCCUGGAGUGGUGACAACAACUCGACAUUCGACGAUAUGAAAAUGAGCAUUGCCAUGUUGUUGAACAUGUCAUUGGCAGGUCAAGUGAUGGUUGGAGCUGACGUGGGUGGAUUUGUUGGAGAUUGCAACCCAGAACUCUAUGCUCGAUGGAUUGCAUUGGGAGCUUUGUGUUAUCCGUUCUUUAGAUCUCACUCGACGAAGGAUACUCUCGAACAAAAUGCUUGGACAUUUGGAGAGGAGUGUGAAAAGGCGUGUCGAAUUUUCAUCAAAUUACGUUAUAGAUUGACACCAUAUUUGUAUACAUACAUUCAAUAUGCAACCAAUCCCAACAAGGAAUUUGCCCCUCUCAUUCGACCACUUUGGUUGGAAUUUCCACACGAUUCAAAUUGUUAUCAUUCAGAAUUUGAGAAUACACAACUCUUUGUUGGUCCAUCCUUAUUGGUCGCUCCAAUUUUAGAAAAAGGAGCAACCUCUCGAAAAGUCUAUUUACCAUCUCAUCCAGGUGGAUUUUAUGACUUUUUCAAUCCAUCUCGCCACUUUGAAGGAGGACAAGUGGUCGAAUUUACUGAAAUCGCUUGGGAUAAGAGUAUUGUUCUUGUUAAGGCCGGAAGCAUCAUUCCAAUGAGAGCUGAAAGCAAACAAUGUGUUUAUGAUACGCUGACAAGCCCUAUUGAAUAUCACGUGUUUGGAAGACUAGUUGCCAAUUCUACUACUAAUCAGAGUGGUCAUGAUGAAGAUCUCAGCCAAAAUGUGUUAUAUUUGGAUGAUGGAUUUUCCAAUGAGUAUCGAAAUGGAAAAUUUGGUUUAUACAAGUUAGUGUUGCAACCCAACAAUAAUGAGAACAAUGUAACCAAUGACAGUACUGCUGAACGAGUGAGUGCUGAAUUGAUUGAGGGAGAAGGUUUUCCAUUUGUUCUCACCCAAGAACAAGUGAAUGCACAAUAUUUCAAACCAUUCCCUGAGAUUUAUGAGGAAGUUGAAAAUAAGAAGUGUGAAUGUUUGUAG